GCACAUAAUAGGGUCUCCGAAGGUUGUCCCACAGGGACAGCCAGUAUGCAUAUAUCUACAUUUGAAUGCACAAUUUUGUAGAGCCGCCGACUCUGAGAAGACAUUUUUCGUGUGCACGCGCGUUUCGAAAAUUUGUGAAGGCCUCCCUUUUCGCCUGUGCGUCUUUACGCAUUUCUCUUCAUGCGCAAAUUUUUAAAGUAGGGACCACGCAUAUGUGGGACAUGCCGGUAUACGUUUUUAUACAUGCGGAUGGAGAAACGUAUUGUGCAUAUCCUCUCUGUAGUGCUCUCCACCUUUCAGGCGAACGACGUGAGUCUCUUUGUCCGAUAAAAACUGCUACUUAGCGUACCAACCGUCGGAGCUCCGCGCCAAAGGCAGGGCUGCAAACGUGGCAGAUGAAGACGAAGCGGUGAGAAGCGACAAAGUGAACAGUCACAAAUUAACCCAAACCACAGCAAAACACCCGCGAGCAACCCUUAUGAAUAAAGGCAAACCGAAGGGAAAAAAGAAAAAGGGCACCAAGGGCAAAGACAGUAAGACGAAGAAGCUAUCAAAUGAGGAAGUCGAAAAUUUAGUCAAAAUACAAAGGGAGGAACUGCUCAGGGCAGUUCAAAGGAAGCGCCUGCUGGAGAGCAGAUUGGAAGAAAAGAAAAACGAACUGGAGCGCUUCAAAAAGGAGUACCACGAACUGAAAAGCAAAAUAGACUUCCUCAGCGAGGGCUGCGAAAAGUAUGGCGAAAAGACCAAGGAAGAACCAAAGGUGAUUAAAAACAAAUCAGUGUUUUACAAUUUUCAAAAUGCAGAGGAGUUAAAAAAGCUGGACAAGGAAAAGGAAGAUAUAAAAAAUAUGAUUGGGGAGAAGCACGAGCAGACGAUGAAUAACUUGGUGAGCUUCAUAGAUCAGCAGCGAGUUAACUUGGACCACGUGAAAAACAGGAACUUCGAGGAGAUAGACCACCUGAAUGCGGCCUUCGACUUGAAACUAAGGAACAUGGAGAAACUGUUCAAAACGCACUUGGAAGAAUACGAACACGACAUGAAAGACGAAAUGGAUGAAAUGAUUGAUAAUUACAACGUAAUCGAAAGGAACGAAGUAAUUUAUUUAAACAACCUGUACAACGAUCACAUUAACAGCAUUAACGAAAUUCACGUCGACAUGCUUCAGAAUUGUAAAAAUUAUUAUAUAGAACAAAUUAGGGAAAAUAUUGGUAAAAUAAAAUCACUCAAGAGCAAUAUUUGCGAGUUGGAUGAACGGGACAGGGAAAUAAAAAACAACCUCAGCGUCCACAGUAGCCAGAAUUUGGACAUGACGGAGAAGAUAGGCGCCUUGGAGGUUAAGAGGGAAAACCUCAACAAGGACCUGAAGUUUUACUCCAAAGACUUUGUAAUCUUCAAAAACUUGGAGCUAAUUUAUAACGAAAGCAAUAUGUACAUAAAAAAUCUAAGAGAGUUCGCUCAGAACUCGAAGGAAAAAAUUUCUCAAGUGGAGGAGGCGUUUCAGGAACUCCCACAGGGGGAUGACCAAAAUGGGGACGCUUAUUUUGAAGGCUAUUUUGAAGAUAUAAAAAAUAAAAAUAGGCUAUUAAAAAAAAUGGUACAAAAUAUUGACCUCGACAUGGACGCAGUGAACAAGGAAUUAACUUCCUACAUAAACAGCCAUCAUCUCAGGGAUGACGAUGUACAAAAGGUGCGGCAGGGAAUAAACUUCUGCAUGCAAACUUACAAUAAAGAGUUUGACAAUCUGCUGUACACGGAAAAGCGGGUGAAAAAAAAAAUCAAAGACACUUCCAAUGUGUACGAGAAAAAAUUGCGAGACAUAAAUGUGAAGCAGGGCGGUUAG